UUGUAUAAAAUGUUUUUUUAUAAAGUUGAUUCCAUACAUAAUGGGAUAUUAUACUGUAUUAGAAAGGGAAAAUUGUAACGCGUAAUAAAACGCUUAUUAUUAUUAAAAUUUAAGGUAAAUAAAUAUGUUUUAAUAAUGAUUCAAACAUGUUUUCUUAAUUUAUAAAGUUUUCCACAAAGUUCUCUGCAUCACAAUGAAUGAACAAUGAAUAAUAUUUAUUAGAUAACAUAUAUUUCGCAUUAUGCAAAUAUCACGUUAUUUUACGUUAAUUUCCAUGUUUUAUUAGCGUAGUUUGAUUUUUAUUGUUCCAACUAUAAAAUGGAGCACAGAAACAUCUCAAAAUCAUUCCAUAUUUCAUUGUUUAAUAAGAAAAAUGGAAAAGAUUUUAAUUUUAUUUUGCAUUACUUUAGCAACAACCUAUGCUGCUCAUUUAGGGGGUGUUUGUUCUUUAAACUCCGAUUGUAACUACAUCAUUAACGCAGAAUGCAAAGAUUCAGUUUGCCAAUGUAUUUCUUCGAUGAUUCAACAUGAAAAUACUUGUGUUCAACCUGUAGUUCCAGCCACUAGCUGUAUUUCUUAUACAGAUUGUCAAAUUGAAGCCACCGAUUACAACAGGAUUUGCUCAAACGGUCAAUGUGUUUGUAAACCUUAUUUUAAUUGGAAUGGAACUUGUAGGAAAAACAGAGGUUUGUAUGAAGAUUGUUUAAAGGAUGAUGAUUGUUAUUGGGGUGAGGAUAUGGUCGGAUUAAUGAGUUGCACUAAUCUUCAAUGUUCUUGUAAAUCUGGGAUGGUUCCCCGUGGAAAAAGAUGUGUUGUAAUUGGAGCUUAACAAGAAAAUGAUUUUUAUCGACUUGCUUAUUAAUUGUUAACAUUUGGUUUGUUUACAAAAAAAAAAAUAAAUAAAUUU